GUAUACGGCUUGUUAAUAUUUUAUUUGUUGCUAUGUUACCUGUGAACAUCUUGGGGAAAAAUAAAAGUUCAUUAUUUUUUAUAUACACUUUUCUUCAGUUUAGCCUAGAAAUUAUAUUGUAGUAUAUAUAUCAUCUUAUAUAGAAAGUUAACUCUUAAGUUAUAUCACUUAGCAAUGAAAUCUCUGUUUGAUCGAUAAUAAUAUAACCUUUAUGGAAGAGACGUAGAAAAAUUUGAUUAAUAAAAAUUGAAAAAAACACGGAGAAAUUAUAUUUAAGAAAGAAAACAAAAUGUCGGCACGUAGACAAAAUAAUUUGGAUUUCGUCAAACGAGCAGAAAUUCCCAAAAAUUCUCUCGAAGGUGUCAAAGAAUUGUAUUUAUCCAAACAAGAGGCACAGAAUAUCAAAAAAUAUCCAGAAUGGGACGUCCCGCGAAUGAAUCCAGCAUUCGAAUUAAUAAAAGUUCGUCGAGAUUUAAAUAUUUCUGAACAAAAAUUACGCGAAAAGUGGAUCGAACAAGAAGAGAAAAGAAAGGAAAUGGAUUUACAGUGGAAUAAAUUAAGGGAGCAAGAAUUAAUAUUUCGAGAAUCUUUCAUAAAGUAUAAUACUUUUGUUAAAGAAAAUCAAGAAAAACGAGAACGCGCGAAACAAAAAAUUUUCGAAGAGCAGGAAAGACAAACGAAAUAUCAAGAAGAUGUCGAAGAUUUAGAAGAAAAGCUAGAUUAUAUGAAAGGGAUGUGCGAGAAGAUGCAAAAACAUGUAGAAAUUUAUAGGAAGUAUCAAAAUUAUCUCGAAAGGGUUGUCAAUGAAACCGGAAGUUUUCAAUCGAUAACAGAAAUUUUUCAACGAUACGAAUCUUUAAUCGAAGCUAAGGCAUCUCUUUCCGAAGAUCAGGAUAAAAAUAUACAAUUUUUAGAGGAAACCGAAACAAACAUACAUCAUAUGACGGAUGUAAAGUCGCAAACGUUGAUCAGAUUAAACAAUAAAUUGUCAAUGCUUCAAGGAAGAUACGAAAAAGCGAAAGCGCAAGCUUUAAAAUGGGAAACUUUAGUUUCGAAAAUAAAAGAGGCAGCGAUUGAGAAAUAUUUAGAGUUGACGAGAGUUAAAACCUGUUGUAGAAAUCUUUAUCAUCAGAUUUGUAAAAGAAAAGGAAUUCCUGUUACAGUAGCCGACGAUGAUAUUGAACAACAAUUGCUUAACAUCAAGCGUACUAUUUUAGAGUUAAGACGUAUUAUAACUACUACUAAGAAGGAAGCAGCGAAAAAAUCGUAGUAUAGAAAUAAAUAAAAAACAUCUAUCAGA